UUCCUGACCUCAUGAUCUGCCCGCCUUGGCCUCCCAAAGAGCUGGGAUUACAGGCGUGAGCCACUGUGCCAGCCUAAAAUAGUUUUAAGACUUACCUGGUGCUCAUCCAAACACAUACACCACCCCCCCCCCCACACACACACACUCUCACACACACACACACACACAUACACACACACACUCAUAUACCCACAGACUCAUAAACUCUAUUAUGUAGACUCAGUUGCUAAGGGAAAAGGUUUUGGCGCCAGUACCUGGAGUGGUGGGAAGGUUUCAAUAUUAAUUAAUGAGUGACUUUGAUUCAAUACAACCUAAUUUCCUCACAACUUAUAACUAGCUGAGUAAUUUUACUUCAUUUGUGAUGAAUUCAGCCAAGAGGACUAUAACUCUCUUGUUACUUCUUUUUGCCAAGAGUAACCAGUAACUAAGGAGCAAAUAGCUGUCAGUUUACUAACAAUUACAGAACUGAGCCAAACGAAAGCUUAAAGUUGUCCAGUUAGAAGAACAUUGUCUCUGUGUUUUCUAAUUAGUAGAGCUAUGUCCUCAGAUUUCUCAUUUAGAUUAAUUCCAUGAGUGGAGGCAAAUCCUCCCUACAAGAAGCUCUGUGGCAGUUACAGGUAAGGAAUUCAGAGGCCAGGUGAGCCCGAAUCACACCUUGUUUACAGGAAAAAGUCAAUAGUAGUUUCCUAUGGUUAAAUUUAAUAAGUAUGUUCUUUGUUUAGUAUCAACAAAGUUGAAAAAGGUGUUACUCCUAUGCUUUCCAGGUGUCAUCUAAAUGACUCCACUCCCCUGCCAUGUCUCCCCACUCUCCCAAGUCUCCAUCAUUGGUCAAUCCCAGCUCUCAAGGAUCCAAGUAACGUUAAGUCAAUCUUCCAGUCCCAUGGCCUAUAGUAGUAAAUGCCUCCCUAGUAUUUUUAAAAAUUCUUGGUAGGAAGUGGUACAUGGUGGCAUGCACUUAUGGUUUUGGCUACUCAGGUGGCUGGGGAGGGAAGAUAUCUUGAGGUCAGGAGUUUAAGGCCACAGCGUGCUAUGACUGUGCUUGUAAAUAGCCACUGCACUCUAGCCUGAGCAACAUCACAAGACCCUGACUCUAAUAAAUGAAUAAAAAUUAUAAAAAUUCUCGGUCAGGUUUCUAUUCCCAUCACUUCCUCUGCUACAGGACUUCUAAUGCUGUGUAGUUGGUUCUGCAUUUUUCUAUUUGACACCAAACCUAAAAUACACAUGCUUUUGAAUAUGACCAAUAAUAAUAAUAAUAAAAUACACUCCAAGAAUUUGUGAUCUUAGCAAAGCUCUCAGGUGUUAUCUUAGAUGUGUGAUUUUAGGUGUGAUUUCAGGUGUGAAUAAAUGUCCAGUAAUGUGUUUGGAUCACGUAGAUCCCUUGUGAUUACCAGCAACUGGACACAUGUAAACAAACAUUUGAGUUUAUUUUAAGAUUUUAGGCUUGGCUCACUGACCAGCAGGUCUUGGCUACAGUAGGGCCUUGGGAAAUAGAAGUCCAGCUAGAAUGCUGUAGAACUUCUGAAAUUCCCUCCUUUCUAACUCUUGUCUUUGCUCAUUUGUUUUGCUCUUAGGUUUUGUUGCAGGUCAGUGACCCUGGCCACAUGGAAUAGAAACCUUCCAUGUUUAGGUCUCCUUUGAUUGGGAGACUGAGGAUGAAAACUGCUCAUUCCAAAGGAAAAAGCGGAAGUUGCAGUUGCCUGCUACAUAACUCAGGCCACACAGCCACAUUCCUCUCAAGGCUCAAAAUAAGAACUGUUCCUGGAAGCUUUCCAUUCUGUCUGACAGAAAUCUUCCCACGCUGUCUUUCCAAACUCCUACUUAAUGCUUUGAAUUCAGACUGCCGAGUCUCUGAGCACACCAGACAACACUGGGGGUGGAGGUGGGGAUCCACUCCGGAACUUCUCAUCCAGAAAACCUCAGGUGUCAUCCUCACUCCUGUGUUUGGAACUGAUAGCUUGAAGGCAGUUCCUCUGAAACCAAGGACUUCAGUGAAUUUUUUGGACUGGAAUGGAAACCUUAUGGUGGUAGGCCCCACCGUGGAAGGCUGCAUGGAAGGCCGCUUGGUGGGGGUUGUUAACCUGUACUGCCUAAGGCAUGUCCUGCUUGGGCUGCCAUGCAUGUCCUCUGGGAUUGUGCUUUGUGUCUGUGUGUACCUGAUUAUCAUGACACUGUCUCAGCCCAGGAAGAUGUUCAGGUCCACUUUACUUUCCUGGCCUGAGUUGUGAUGUGCCACCAGGUAAAAAGUUCAAUAUAGACAUGUACAGAGGAAGCUACCUGGACUUCUAAGAUAGACCUUUAUAAUUAAGCAGAUUUGUUUAAGCUGGCUAAAUUCAGGAUCCUUAAAAGAGGAUAAAUACUGAGUGUAUUGGAAAAAACUGGGAUCAAUCCUGACAGAGAUCCUACAAAUAAUACUUUUACUAUAUUUUGCCUUGCUAAGGACUAAGGAGAUGGACCAUGCAGAGUUAGCAGGGCAAGUUUGAGACUGUUACCUUUAGAAAGACUUGCUUGAAAGGCUGGCCCUUGGCUAACAUCAGGGAACUUGGAUUUUUGGAGUCUUCUAGCUAUUCUAUAGCUGAUAUGGGUGGCUUACUAUGCUAAGACUGUUUAUGCAAAUGAUGGAGUUUAUGCUAACACUUGCUUUCCUUCUCGAAGCCUGGAAUUUUGGUACAUGCUAGGCAGAGGGUGUGUACAUGAUCAGUCCCCAGUAAAACCCUUGGGCACACAGUCUAACUGGCUUCACAUGUGUUGUCACAAUUUGAUGCUGGAGGAAUUAAGCAAAACCUGAUGACUCUACCAGCACUCUUGGAAACCUAUACCUGAUUUUCUUUAGACUUGGCCCCAUACACUUUUUGUCUGUGCUAAUUUUGCUCUGUAUACUUUUGUUACAAGUCUUAGCUGUGAGUAUGACCAUAUGUUGAAUCCUGCUCAUCUUUCUGGUGAAUCAUCAAAUCCAGGGGUAGUCUUGGAGACCCUGAUGACAACUUCCUAGAAUUCUCAUUAGAAAAAAAACAAAGCAGCAGGCUAUUAGAAGAUAACAGCUACCUCUGAUUAGACCAAAGGAGAGAAAAGACAGGCUAAGGUUGACUGAGUGUGACUCUUUCUCCAACCUAUGCAAUUUCCUAUGAGGAUUUCCCUUAGUAAGACUUUCCUUCCACACAAUAGCUGCCCCCAGAUUCCUCAACCAUCCUGCACGUGGCUGGGGAUGUUGCAUAAUUCUUGGGCAUACCUAGGACAACUGUCCAUCCCCUGGUGGAUCUUGGUUCAGGAUUUUGUUGCCAGUAUGUUCCACAGAAAUCAGAAGAAAAGAGGUACAAGGUCAUCAAAAACUCUUCUGUUUAUUACAUCAGACUGGAGUCAAUGUCUUUCCCUUUAUAAUCGUGAGGGAGCUCAGGAGGGUUGUGUAAUGAUAUUUGUCAGGGAAUCAAGGGAAGGGAAUAUUCUAACAGGAACCACCCUGACCUUUAUGCUUUAUGAGAUAUUCAUAUAAGGGGACACUGGCAAAGAGAAAAUCAUUUUAUUCAUCAAACUCUGGUUGAGCAGAACUUGUGUUGCAAGGUGAAUUAUGACAUUGUGAACAAAGGUCAUUUUGGGGAAGAUCCCAGGUUGGAUGU